AUGUCGAGCAAGGCUGCAUUGAAGGCCGUAAGAACCGCCUUGGACACCAAGGACUAUGCGGCUGCUGCUGAUAAAGCUAAGGCACUAGUCCAAAAUGAUCCCCAAAAUUACCAUGCCAACGUUUUCCUUGGACUAGCGAACGACAGGUUGAAUGAAUUUGCUGCAUCGGAACAAGCAUACCUUGCUGCGACAAAAAUCAAACAGAGCGAUCGCACUGCUUGGCAAGGGCUGAUCAAUUUGUACGAAAAGCAAGGCGGGUCAAAGCUGGAUGCAUACCAUGAUGCGGUUCUGAAGCUUGGUCAAAUCUUCGCAGAUUGUGACGAGAAAGAACGAUGCCAGGAUGUUGUCGACAAAUACAUCAAACUGGCUCGAAGGCAGAACGAUAAAGCUCAGUACCGGAAGGCCCUCGAACUACAACUUCCGAACUCUCCGCUCUACUCUUUCCUUGAAGGCCGACUCGCCCACCCGUCCCUGACCUACCUUCGUAUGAUCGAAAUUACCGAGUCGCUCGAGAAAGAAUACAUCAACCGAGAAAUUGGUGAACGAAGAACACGUCUCGGUGCAACCAAAGAAAGUGUUACGAUCGAGGUCAAACGUGAUGCAUUCCGUAAAAGCCAGCUUGAGGACCUGUAUCGAGGCCUCAUUGAUUGGACAAAUGACGACGCCGUGCGUCGCCAGUAUGAAGAGAAGCUUUUGAGCCGGGCUUACGAGGAACUUGAGCUCCUCGGCACUGGAAAAAAGCCGGCCAAGAGGAAGGAAAUCCUGCGUGCGGCGCAAGAUAUGGUCAUCAUCAAACAUCCUUUUGAGCUUGCUUGGAAUAUUGUACUCGAGUGGAAAGAUAUUGAAGAGUACUCCGAAUGGGACGUCGGUGUGCUGCGCGAGUACAUUGAGUUUUUCCCCGAGAGCGGGUUGGCAAAGGUUCUCAAGGGUUUCCUUGCUACUGAACUGUCCCCUUUUCCACGGGAAGAUAAUGAAGCGAAAGAGGUUGCAGGCAACAAAGCCUUGGGCAAAGAUGCUGAAAGUUCCGAGGCUGUCGAGGCCUUCGACGCUACAGAUGCUGCCGAAGCAGGGACUGCAGACAGACUGAUUCUCAUGGCGGAGGGACUCGAAUCAGCUCCGUCGUCUGUAAUUGCUCACCGAAUCAUGGCCGAUCUCUACUUGCUCCUCGAAGAAUAUGAGAGUGUCGUGGACGUUGCUCGCAAGGGCCUCCGAAACAUUGCCGACUUCGUCAAACUCACCGGAUGGAAGUGCCAAAAUAACACGGACGCCUUAAAUAUCAUUCUCGCGAACGCUCUCAUCCCGUACCAAUCGCCUCGACACCACCCGGAAGCAAAAUCCAUCUUCGAGACUAUUCUCCAACAGAAGCCGACCUCCACUGUCUGUCUAUUGGGGAUCGGUCUCAUCUUAAAGGUUGACCAGGAUUACCAAAAUGCAGCGGAUUAUUUGAACCGUGCGUUGGAGCGUGAUCCCACGAAUAUCAAGAUACGCGGCGAACUCUUCUGGUGUAAAGCCUUGAGUGGCGAUCUGGAGAACAGUCUGUACGGUCUCCAAAGUGCUCUUGAUCAAUUGAACGAACAGCAACCGCAGAACAAGUCGUUCAAAUCCGAGCUUCUCUACCGAAUUGGUUAUUGCCAAUGGCAGCUUGACACUUCCACGGCUGCACGCAAAGAUCGCAACGGCGCUUACGCCAGCUUCCUCGCGUCGAUAAAGGCCAACAUGAAUUUUGCACCGGCAUACACAAGCCUCGGUUUCUACUACGCAGACUACAAGAAAGACAAGACUCGAGCACGCCGAUGUUUCCACAAAGCUUUCGAGUUGUCUUCUUCGGAGACUGAAGCUGCGGAGCGCCUUGCACGAGGCUUUGCUGAUCAGAAGGAAUGGGAUCUAGUUGAGGCAGUUGCGCAAAGGGUUGUUGACUCAGGAUAUGCUAAGCCUGCCCCAGGCUCCAAGCGAAAGGGACAUAGUUGGCCUUAUGCGGCUCUGGGCACUGUCCAGAUCAACCGCCAGCAGUACGCAAAGAGCAUAGUUUCAUUCCAAGCCGCGUUGCGGAUCAGUCCGGAAGAUUACCAUUCCUGGGUUGGAUUGGCAGAAAGCUACCACCAUUCUGGCCGAUACAUUGCAGCCACAAAGGCGUUUGAGCAUGCGCGGGAGCUUGAGUCGACUCUGUCGAAGGAGGAGAAAGAUCACAUUUGGUUCGCGCGGUACAUGAUGGCGAAUGUGAGACGUGAGCUCGGCAUGUAUGACGACGCCAUUGCCAGCUAUGAAGAUGUCCUGACUACACGCCCCGAUGACAUCGGUGUCUCUAUCGCACUUUUACAAACAUUGACUGAGAGCUCGUGGAAAAGUCUUGAUUCGGGUCUGUUCAAUGAUGCGGCAGAGCUCGCCUGCAAAGCUAUUCGAGUAGCCGGAUCACUCGUGACUGCGGACAGCAACAUUUUCAAUCUCUGGAAAUCAGUGGGUGAUGCUUGUUCAAACAUGACCUUUAUCAAGAAAAAGAUGAGCAAACUUUCUUUUCCGGAAUGCAAGGCCUUGUUGACGUACGAUUUGGAUCCCGUUGCAUUCGAUAUCAUGGCAGAGGUUGAUGGUGUGAGCCGGGAUUGGCUUGACACAAUUGACAGUGCCGGCGAGCAAUCAGCCGAUUUUGGUAUCUUUGUGGCAAUCCUAGCAUACAAACGUGCCCUCUCAGUAUCGAAACAAGACGCCCACGCGCAAGCCGUAGCAUGGUACAACCUGGGAUGGGCGGAGUACAGGGCAUACCUGAGUGUGCACCGCGAACACGGAACUAAAGGCAAGAAGCCUCGGAAGUUCUUGAAGGCCUCGAUGCGAUGCUUUAAACGCGCCAUUGAGCUUGAGGCUGGCAAUUCAGAGUUCUGGAAUUCGCUUGCGGUGGUGACCACCGCCAUGAGUCCAAAGGUGGCUCAGCAUGCUUUUGUAAGAAGCCUGCAUCUGAAUGACCGGAGUGCUCAAGUCUGGACAAAUUUGGGUGCGCUUUAUCUUCUGCACAACGACACCCAGCUUGCAAACGAGGCAUUCACGCGUGCCCAGUCUACCGACCCGGAUUACGCUCAAGCGUGGGUGGGUCAGGGUCUUCUCGCGCUUCUUUACGGAGAUGCAAAGGAGGCGCGGGGCCUCUUUGAGCAUGCCUUCGAUAUCUCUAAUUCGUCUGCGAUGUUACCCAAGCGUCAAUACGCCCUCACUCUGUUCGAUCAUCUGCUUGGAGACUCUUCUGCAUCGAACGAGGUCUCGCAGCUCAUUCAACCUUUCUUUGCUCUGCAACAGCUCUGCUCGCAAAAUCCAUCCGAUCUUCCCUUCAUGCACCUUUCUGCCUUGCUGGCCGAAAGGAUGGGCGAAUUCUCUUGUGCCGGGUCUAAUCUGGAAGUUGUUUGCCUGGCCAUGGAAUCGGAGUUUGAGAAUACCGAAUCUCCUUCCUCCUUGUCUAAAUUUGCUCAAGCGAAUGCAGACAUGGCUCGUGUGCAUCUCGCGAAUCAUCGUUAUGCGGAAGCGGCCGAAAAAGCUGAGACUGCGCUGACAUUGUCAGGUGAAGAGGACGCCGAAUCAUUUGACGCUGACGCGUGUCGUAAACUUCGGCUUUCGGCUCACCUCACAGCAGGUUUGGCAUUCUAUUUCCUCAAGUCCAUGGAUCAGGCCAUCGAUAUGUUUGGAAAUGCCCUCCAGGAAGCCAAUAAUGACCCAGACGUCGUGUGUCUUUUGGCCCAAGUGCUCUGGGCAAAGGAUGGCGAAGAAGAGCGUUCUUUAGCACGACAGCAACUAUUUGACUGUGUGGAAAGCCAUCCUGAGCAUGUCGGUGCCGUGACGCUUCUCGGGGCUAUCGCCCUGCUCGACGAAGACCGGGACGCCAUUGAAGCGGUCGAGGCUGGGCUUCACAACAUCAUUACGCGCGAUGACAUUGAUAUUCACGACCGCGCCAAAGUCGUGAAGCUGCUCGCCGCUAUUUCAGCCAUGGGAUUCAAUGACAGGGCAAACCUACCCGAAGACCUUCGCCAGAUCGGCGAGGCGACUGCAGCAAUCAUGCUAUCGCCCAGUCAGCCUCAGGGGUGGAUGGAACUUUCCAAAGUUUCGGAUAGCUCUUAUCCAGCAGAGAUUUCCAUUCAACGUGCUCUCCGCAGCGUACCCCCUCACGGAAGUCUGGAUGCCACCGACCUCUGCCAGGCUUACGCGCAAGCGGGCACUGCCGAGGAUGGCUUCCGAGCUAUCAUGGUGGCUCCAUGGAAAAAGGACGGCUGGGAAGAAUUGAGGCAUGGCUUGUCCAACGUUGGCGCGUAG